AUGCUAAGACAAUUAUCGAAAGUUUUGUCUGGAAAUACCAACAAACGUUUUAUAUCCUCCACCUCUGCGUGUUUUAGUCGCAUUACCGUUAUCGGUUCAGCUGGUGGCAUCGGUCAGGCUCUGGCCAUGCUUAUAAAAGCUGAUCGUCUAGUUAGCGAUUUAGUUUUAAUGGAUAUUAAAAAUACCGACGGCAUAGCAGCUGAUGUUUCACACAUCGAUACAUUUUCGGGUGUUAAGGCAUUUACGGGUGCCGAUAAAUUGGAACAAUCUUUGGAAUGUUCAAAUUUGGUGGUCGUAGCAGCGGGUGUGGCUAGAACGGAUAAAACUACUACUAGGGCUGCUUUAUUUGAUGCCAAUAAGGAUUUGAUAUAUCAGAUAACAGCACUUAAAGCUAAAAUCUGUCCAGAGGCCAUAUUGGCUAUUAUAACAAAUCCAGUUAAUGCUUUAGUGCCAUUGGCGGCCGAAACUUUAAAGCAAUUGAAUUCCUAUGAUCCCAAGAAAUUAUUUGGUGUUACUAAACUAGAUACCAUGAGAGCACGCACCUUUAUAGGGGAACAUUUAUUGGUAGAUCCCGCAAAAGUUAAGGUUAAUGUUAUAGGAGGCCACUCUAGUAAUACCAUUAUACCCUUAAUAUCCACAGCUACUCCCAAGGUACAGGGAGAUUGUGAAGAAUUAUCGGUUAUAUAUGAACGUAUAAGAUGUGCUGGAGCUGCUGUGGUUAAGGCUAAAGGGGGCAAAGAAUCGGCUCAACUUUCAAUGGCCUAUGUGGCGGCGACUUUUUGUAAUUCCCUAUUAAAGGCCAUGGAGGGUAAAUCGGGUGUGGUGGAUGUGGCUUAUGUCGAAUCUAAGGUAAUGCCUGAAGUUAAAUUUUUCUCCUCUAAUGUUGAGUUGAGUAAAGAGGGUAUAAAGGGAUUCGAAGCAUUGCCUGCCAUGAGCAACUAUGAAAAGGAGUUAUUGAAGAAAGCCUUACCGGAGUUAAAGGACAGCAUAGAGCAGGGUAUUAAAUACGCUCAAAGUAAAAAGGGGCAGAAAUGA